CGGACAUGUUUUUUUUGUCUUUUUUUUGGUAACAUCCUACGUCUCCUUGGCAGUUCAUCCGUACGUUGGAAAGUCGUCCGGACUUUAACGCUCGUGCUCGUGGUUACUUUGCGUCGCUGCUGACGGUGGCGCUGCACGGUAAACUGGAGUACUACACGGACAUCAUGAGGACGCUGCUGCUGGAGAUGAUGGACGAACACGUGCAGAACAAAAACCCCAAACUCAUGCUGCGCAGGUCAGAGACGGUGGUGGAGAGGAUGCUCUGUAACUGGAUGUCCAUCUGUCUCUAUCAGUUCCUGCGGGACACAGCAGGAGAGCCUCUGUACAAACUGUUUAAGGCGUUGAAGCAUCAGGUGGAGAAAGGACCGGUGGACGCCAAGAUGAAGAAAGCCAAAUACACCCUGAACGACACGGGACUGCUGGGGGACGAUGUCGAGUACUCCGUACUG